UACAUUAAAAAUGACAUCGGCAAUCUCCAUCUUGCUAGGUACUAUUUUGUAUUUUAUUAAAGCGGAUAAAGUAGUAAUGUGGGCAGUAUAGUAGUUCCUGUGUUGCCUAGGAUCAGGUUUUCGAGACUACAGUAAUACCCAGAGGGCUCAGUUUCAUGUAUGGUUAUAUGACCAACAAUGAGCAAUGUCUGAAACAUGAUAAUGACGAAUGACUCUAGGCUAUAAUCUUUUCUUGAAUCAGAAGCAACGUGGUCUAAAGCGUGUGCCAUAUGACGCAUAUACGCAUAUAUAAUUCGCAUACUGCCCCUGCAAACCAUAACGUUUGGCCAACAGGAGUGAGCCGCGGCACAGUGAACUCCACCACGGAGUGGCGCUGCUUCAUUACGGAUAACACGUGAGGACGUUCUCUGGCUAUAGGCUAUUAUAGGCCUACAAUGGUUUAAAAGUGAUGACGUCUAGCAGCCUAUCAGCAUUGACCAAAUCUAACCAGCUGCCACAGAGAAAACAUAACACAAACAACCCCUAUUUGACCAGUUGUAUAAUAAUAUUUUAUAACCUAGUUGAAUACAUCUCCGUGACUCAUCAUGAUUUAUUUAUUCAAAACCCGCUAUUUGAUAAGAAAACUUGAGGCGCAUGUACUGAGAUGAGUCCCUCCAGCGGAGCUCAAUGACCUAAAUUCAGAUCCAUGUUUAUGCGCAAAAAACUUGGACACCCGGGAUGCCUACGAUGUGCAUUACAGAAAACUUUGCUAUUUGAUGUGUUUUUCAUAACUGAUGUUGACCCACAUUCUCAUCAUGCCAAUUUCCGAUGCUGAGAUUCUAGCAAAAACAGAAUCGCUUCUGAAGGCAGAACGUGUGGAGAGGAGGAAGGGUGGAGGGAGAGGUAGUCACGGUGAGCUCCGCCUACUUCAAUGUGCUAGCCCCCUCCCUCCCCCUUCUUAUCACAAGGCCUCUGACAUUUGCAUAGAAUGUGUGUCAGUAGGACAUCGUGUUCGGUGGCUCACAUGCCGCGCGCACAUGCAGCGGAGCUUUUACCAGCAUUCCAAUGUCGAGUGAGUCUAACUGUCUCGCCUCCACUCUAGCUCUCCACCAAUGAAAACGUGAGAACGAAUAAAGAAAGGUGGAGUAAAAGAGGUGGAUGAGAUAUUCUAAUAGAGCGUGACAUAGGCAUACAGAGAGAAAAAGAGAGAGAGAGAAAAAGAGAGAAACAGUGUAAUCCCUACCAUACAAAACCUACAACAGAGAUUUGAAAGGAACAAAAAAAACGGGGGCCAAAAAAAACUGGUCACAUUUCUCAGACACCUGAAAACGUGCUGGUUUAGUGUGGGCGAAGUGGAUUGCCUAUUAAUGGGUGGGUGUGCUUAAACUACUCCCACACUUAUGUCUUUGGAGAUGUUGAUGGUGACUACACUGGCACUAGAGCUGAAUGCUUGGAAUUUAUUUUCAAAGAACGUUUAGUUCAGCCUACUGUACAUCACACGACCUACGGACACCAAGCGAAUCAGGCUACGGGCAACAAAGGCACUGAACCUGUUCGCAAUUACGCACAUUGGAGACGAUUUGUAACUAUUUCGCCAAACCGAAACCUGUUUAGGUUUUGCUCAACUUUAAAUCAGUUUUGAUAUCUUUCACACUUGACGGGGUUGAAGGACCUGCGCGCAGUCUCAUUGCUUUUGUCAUUGGGAUUGGCUACCAACUCUAUGCUUUCUUGGCGGUUCAUGACUGUAUAACCUAUAUCAACGAAACUCCUCAUUGACGCAGAGACAAACCUACAUUAAAUAAUUUGAAUAUCGUUUAUAAAUCAACCAAACACCGAAAAACAUGGAAAACAGCCCUGGUGGUGUGAUACUGUAUGCUGGCUCAUCUGGUAGUGCCAGCCCCAGCCCUGGCAGCCCCUCCAGCGGGUACCAGACCCAGUCCCCCCGGUCCUCCCAUUCCCAAUCCUCAUCUCCUGAGCCUGUCUCCUUCCCCGAGAUCGGCCCUCUGAAGAGAGAAAGAGGGGAGAACAGGGGAGGACCUUCACCCAAACUAGUCUUCCAGUUCCCUGAAGCCAAUGCCUCUACAACCACUACAUCCUCUGGCAAUACCUACGCCCACCCUAUGUUGGCCAAGAGGCCCUGCGGAUUCACUGGCACCUUCACCAAGACAGGAGGCAUGGUGCUCCUGUGUAAGGUGUGUGGGGACAUCGCGUCUGGCUUCCAUUACGGCGUUCACGCCUGUGAAGGCUGCAAGGGUUUCUUCCGCCGCAGCAUCCAGCAGAACAUCCACUACAAGAUGUGUGUGAAGAACGAGAGCUGCCUGAUCAUGCGCAUGAACCGCAACCGGUGCCAGCACUGCCGUUUCAAGAAGUGUCUCUCCGUGGGCAUGUCCAGAGAUGCUGUGCGCUUUGGGCGUAUCCCCAAGCGUGAGAAGCAGAGGCUAUUGGACGAGAUGCAGAGCUACAUGAACAGCCUCAAUGAAUCAGCAUCCAUGGAGAUUGACUCCUCACCUUCUUCCUCUGAGGCCCCAGCCAGUCCAGAAUCUGGAGAUUCCAUUUCCUCUGCCUACCACAACAUCUUCGCCCAAGAGGAUGUGAAGCCAGUAAUCAAGAUGGCCGUCAACAUCAACAACAACAAUGUCCGUAACAAUCCAGCACAUGAGUCUGGCUACUCUCACCCGGCACACCAAACCCACUCCCAUUCCAACCCCUCUCAGGGGUACCAGUCACACCCCACACAAAGCUACCAGACCCCCUCGCGCUGCCCACGCAACAACAAUUUUGACAACGCCCAGUAUACCUACCAACCAUCAUCCAAUCAGAGUCAAUGCCCAUUGUCUAAUGGAAGCCAGCCAGCUCAGACCUUCCAAGCCAAUCAAAACAGCUUUCCAGCUGGCAAGUCUCAAAACCAGACUACCUGCCCCUGGAAGUUGAGUGGAGGUGCCAAAGUUCUGGCGUGUCCCUUGAACGCAUGUCCCGUGGCCCCCCGUGACCGUUCCAGCCAGCAGAUAUGGGAGGCCUUCUCCCAGUGCUUCACCCCAGCCGUCAAGGAGGUGGUGGAGUUUGCCAAGAGCAUCCCAGGAUUCCAGAAUCUCAGCCAGCAUGACCAGGUCAUGCUGCUUAAGGCUGGCACCUUCCAGGUGCUGAUGGUCAGAUUCUGCUCGCUGUUCGACCCCAAGGAGAAGACGGUGACCUUCCUGAACGGCCAAACAUACCCCCUGAUGUCCCUGCGGGCGCUGGGCAUGGGCACUCUGCUGGACGCCAUGUUUGAGUUUAGUGAGAAGCUGGGAGCUCUAGGUCUAGAGCCCGAUGAGAUGGCCCUCUUCAUGGCUGUGGUGCUAGUGUCUGCUGACCGUUCAGGUAUGGCUGACGUUGUUGCAGUGGAGCAGCUUCAGGAGAGUCUGAUCAAAGCCCUGCGCUCACUCAUCACCCGCCGUCGCCCUGACGACAGCACCCUCUUCCCCAAGCUGCUGCUGCGCCUGCCCGACCUGCGCACCCUCAACAACCUGCACUCCGACAAACUGCUGGCCUUCAGCAUCGACCUCUAAGGCCCUGGAGAAACCACAGCCCACAGGGACACUCACUGACUACCGGACCCCCGAAAGGGGCAGUCCUCUUGGGAAACACCCUCAUGAUCCCUUCACUCCAGCCAUAAGCCACCAGCCAGUCACCAUCAGGCUCUCUUCAAUGAGCUGUGUGUGCUGGAGCUGGGACUGGGACAGAAGCAGGGUUGGACAAGGUGAAUGAGUGGACUGAGAGGCAUCUCAAAGGAAGAUGGAGGAAAAGAGGAGGGUGGAGACUCUUGAACUAUGACCUCAUGAACAAUACUCAGAGCUGGUAAAACCUCUAAAAGACUCAUAGACUUAUAGUCUGCUGAAUAAGUCGGUGUGCUGUAAGCACCAUCUUAGACCAACUCAGCUCCCAAAGUUGAGGGACGAGGGUCUAAAAAUCCUCCAUUACCCAUAACUCCCGGUGACAGUGAUUGAAGACCAAAAUUCUGUUCCAUUCCUCCUCUCUGAUUCCACGCUUCACUAUGUCCUUCUGUCUGCAACAGACAGACAGGGGCAAACCAGCAAGAAGGAAGGACACCCUCUUCACGUGAGAAAGGGAAAUACACACAAACUAUAUAUUUUCUUCCUCCACAUUCACCCUACACAGGCUGUUCAAUGAAUAACAAAGCACUUUCCAUACAUCAACACACAUCUGAAAUCAACCCAUAUAAUAGAGCAAUAGCAAUGUAUAAAACACACUAUUAGAUCCCUAACUGACUGUGUUAUACACUGUUAUAAUGACCUAAGCUAUUUUCAAAAUCACGUCAUCAAUCUUUUUGGAAAUCAAAUAUUUGGGAUUUGAUGAGAAAAUGUAUUAUUUCCAUUUGUAAGAAUUGAGAGUAGGAUGGAUUGUAUUUGUAUGCUGUAAUCAGGGAGAUACUAUUUGGACAUUUUAGACCAUAUUUGUUGGGUUAUGUUUUAAGGUAUUCUAUUGUUGUACAUAUUAGAUAUAAUAUUUGUGACUGGUUCCUACUCCAUUUGUUUGAGUUGAUUGCUGUAUGAUGUUAGCACCAUUGAAGACAAAGCAACGGUGCCAUGUUCAAGAGGUGCCCGAUUGUUUGGGUGAUGCAAGGUGUGCAUCUACUGUAUUUGUCCAUUGGUCUUCCCUGGAGCAUUACAAACCCCACCCCUCAUUCUUAUCGCAACAAGAGAGCAACCGAUGGAACCAUGUGCACAAACCAUGUAAAAAAGUGUUUGAUUUGAACCUAUAUUAUUGAAAUAUAACUAUUGUUAAUUGAUCCAUGCAUCACCUCGUGUAUAUUUUGUAAAUGUUUCAUGUUUAAACUUCUUCCAUAGAGAACCAAUAUUAAAUGACAUUAUAUACUGUA